AUGGAAGUGCUACAUAUUUACUUUCUUGUUUAUACUUUACUAGCAGUCCGAUUUAUUUACGGUUCAAAAUUGUUGAUUGAGAGAAACAUUCUUAUCAAUAAAACGUACAAGGAUGCCUAUCUUGACUUCUGUAAACAAUCAUGUAUUCAAAGAGAUUUAAUUCCAUCUCCACACUGUGGUAAAUGUUACUGCGAUGGAACCUGUUACCUAUAUAAUGACUGUUGUCUGGAUACGAGAAUAAUGAAUAACUACCCCGAAGAUAUGAUUGAUAUAUCUUGUACAGCAACUACCUUCCCAUUACUGAAGAAGAAGACUGGAAUAAACACCGAACCAUGUGACCCAAAUAUUCGAGAUUGUCCUGCAUAUUUAUACGAGGAGCAUGCAGAAGCUUACAAACUGAAAACGUCUUGUCCCAAAUCCUUCAGUGGUAGCCAGGAGGUAGUCACACGCUGUGAAAAUAUCGACAUGGAAGAACAGAGUACAAUUCAUCCUGUUACAGAUAUGAAUACACAACUCUCCUAUAGGAAUGUCGACUGUGCCAAGUGUAAUGAAGCAAACAACAUCAAAAAAUGGGAAAUGUUGGUAAUUUGUAGAGGUGAAAUACCGGCUCAAUUUGGUAACAGUGUCAAGGAACUCUUUCAUAUUUUCAGAACCACUGAAGGAUGUAGUAUCCAUUUUAAUCCGGAAGAAUUGGAAAAUCAACGAGUAUGUGAUUUAGACAAGACACCAAUUGAUUCAUGUAAUGUAACAGGGCUGUGGAAGGGAGACGGACUUGAUCUACCAUCAAAAUGCCGCGAGAAUUAUCCGUUCGAGAACACAGUCUUCGAUUAUAGCAAUGUAUUUUGUUAUCUUUGUAACACACAAGACCUCAUUUAUCCAGAAGAAACAACCCGAAUUGAAGACAUUGCUGGAGUGGUCAAUGACGAAUUAACUGACCUUCAACCUGUAAAUUAUUCAGUAUUUGAUAUCUAUCAGAAUGUGUGUCGACCUGUAUUAUGUCCUGAUGGAAGACAAUUAGUUAAUGGUACCUGCAAAUCAUUGUUCCGGCGAUUUAAUGGUUACAUAUACACAAUCUGUUUGAAAUAUAAGAUUACGGUUGAUAGAUCACAAUUGGAUCGUUACUUACUGACUGACAAGUUCACAAAUGAGUUCUUAGUCAAAAUUGCCAAACCAGUAGUAGCAACGACGGACUUUUUUUUAAUGCAGGAUUUAAAGGCCAUACUCAGUAUGACCCCAUGCGUAAAUGGAUAUUUAAAUGCAACAAUGGCAAUUGGGCUGCAUCUAAGUCCUUCGAAAUCACUAGAAUCUGAGGAUGUAAUUAUUCGUCAUAUUCAGGACACAAUUAAGAUGACAGUUGGUUCUGAUGACACAGCACCGUUUACAAUUUUAUCAGUAGAGCAGAUACCUGAUUGUCUUGAAGAGGAUAUGACUGAACAAGGGGCAGACAUGAGUUGUCUUAAAUACCAGUCCCAACGCCCCCCAAGAGUUUUUGUAUAUCACACGUCUCUUAGCUAUUUAUUUUCAGCGAAACGAGUGACCGUUUCCAAUCUACUCAUGUGUGUACAAAUGGUACUUGAACGACUAGAAGUGGAUCACGAUUCGGACAUGGGUGUGAUCACGAUCCUGGCGAACAACAAAACUCUCACGUCAACAGAGUUCCAGUUGGAGGAUGCAGGCUAUCUGAUUUGUGUUGAAGAUUACAUAGAAAAUGCGAAAAUAGUCCAAACCAAAGGCUGUACUGCUCGGUCUGUCUCUGAAUAUGCAGAAUCAACAUCCAGAGUUGCCGGCCUUGGUGGAAGCAUAUUCUCAUGUUUACUGUUAUAUGUUAUGGUUUUUUUCACAUUCUAG